AUGUUCGAAUGCUCCUUUGGGCAGUAUGGUUUGCAAAACACCAUCACUGGGUUCUGGAAAGAGCAUAUGACGAAGCCAAUUUCGUUUGUUCUCAAUGGAGCCGGCAACUUCAGCCUUGACAUCCUCAUGCUCCCACAGCCUGCCAUCUGUGACGUCAACAACGGCUCUCCAGAGCGGCACGAACAGAUCCGGUUGGACAGUAAACUGGAUAUUGCAGAGUCGAGAUGUCGGGAGAAGAUGAUCGAUCCUGAUGAUGAUUGUUUCCUUUACCAUAGAUAUCCCCCACACAACAGCGUGAAGUUGGUGACCCGAAAAGCCGGGCGCAAUGGAUCCGGUGAGGUUUGUCUUGUUAUGAUUCAGCCAUUCAGCUCCUUGCUGGGCAAGUUGGGGGAAAGGGACUAUCUGUCGCACGAGCACAGUAUCUCCCAGGCCAACUUUUGGGGCGCCAUCUUUAAGACCAGGUACAUGCAGACUAUAAAGAUUCUGUCUGGCGUCCGUCAAAUUCAUCCCUUCCAAGAGAAGGCAUUCGUCAAAGUAAUAAAGGUAACGGCUCUAGAAACGAAGUCCCUGAAAACCUCGCAACGGGAUCGGUUAAUGGCGAUGAGAUACGCCGGAACAUAG